AUGGUCAACCAACGCAGCCCUGUUAAGGGCCCUUUACGCCAGAUCAACCCUAACGAGGACUCCCACUCUUUUAACAGUCAUGAUUUCUCCAAAACGACGGCAAUUGCAAAAGAAACACAAGACGAUUCUAGAAGCUCUCCCAGAACCGAGAACCGCGAUACGUCUUCCUUCGAUCCCGAUUCGCUAACUGCGAGAUUCGACAAUAUGCGUGUUUCAACAACGCUGCGAGAAAAGUCGUCGCCAGCUGUCACUAACAUGUCGGCACGACGCCUUCCGCCUGCACAGCGCUCAACAAGCCCCGACCUGAUCGAAAUAACUCGCGAUGACUUUACACAACCCUCUCGGCCUAGCUCUAAGGAAAGCCAGUCAAGUUUGCAAGAGCAAUCAACUCUACACUCUGAUGCACUGGAGUCCUUCUUCUUGGACGUCAAGCGCCACGAUCCCCUUCACACUUCCUCCUCCCAGCGACCAGUUUUCGGCCACCCGACAAAGAUGAUGUCCUCUCUUAAGCAGAAGGCUACCGGCAUCUUCAAUGAACGGAGGUCCAGGCCGGAGCAUCACCGAGUUCAGCAGGUCUCCGUACCAGCCGUACCCCUCUACCAAGAUAGGAAACCUGAGCCUCGUACACUCUAUAGUUCCAUUGGCCCCGACGCGAACCUCGCCACAUACAGGCCUACAGAUAAAUUCGGCGACACUGAGUUUUACACCGACCCUUCCAAAGCAUCUGCCGACUUGAAGGCUCUCUUGGAGGGUGGCAUGGAGGAUGAAGAUGCAGAUCAGGAGAAGCAAGAGACUACAGCGGAUAACAAGGACGGUAGUAUGGAGGGCCUGAAGGUGAAACUGCUGCCUCAUCAAGUUGAAGGUGUGGAGUGGAUGAGAGGCCGCGAACUGGGUCCUGUGAAAAGAGGAAAGGUUCCCAAAGGUGGUAUUUUGGCAGACGACAUGGGUCUUGGCAAGACUCUUCAAACUAUUGCGCUUAUUUUGAGCAACCAAAAGCCCGCUAAAGGCGACAAGGGAUGGAAAAAACAUUUUGACAGUACCGAGAAGACGACACUCGUUGUGGCACCGCUUGCUUUGAUAAGGCAGUGGGAAUCAGAGAUUCGAGACAAGGUGUCGAAAACUCAUGGACUCAAAGUCUGCGUUCACCAUGGGCCACAGCGAACCAAACGAUUCAAGGAACUCGCCCAAUAUGAUGUCGUCGUCACGACCUACCAGGUUUUAGUUUCCGAGUGGGGACACUCCUCUGAGGAUGAUAAUGGCGUCAAGGCAGGAUGUUUUGGUCUUCACUGGUGGCGCGUCGUGCUUGACGAGGCACACACCAUUAAGAACAGAAACGCAAAGUCAACGAAAGCAUGCUAUGCCCUGCGGUCGGAAUAUCGCUGGUGUCUUUCAGGAACACCAAUGCAAAACAAUCUAGAAGAACUACAGUCUCUUAUCAAGUUCUUGAGAAUCAAGCCCUACGACGACCUCAAGGAGUGGAAGGAACAAAUCGAGAAGCCCUUAAAGAAUGGCAAAGGGCAUGUUGCUAUUCGUCGCCUUCACAGUCUCCUACGUUGCUUUAUGAAACGUCGUACCAAGGACAUCCUUAAGGAAGCUGGCGCGUUGAACCCCGGAGGCAAGCCGUCCAAGGAGGGCGAACAGUCAAGUACUGGUUUUAAAGUCACGGAACGCAAGGUUGUCACUGUCGCCACAUCAUUCUCCCCUGCUGAACGUCGUUUCUAUGAUAGACUGGAAGCUCGAGCGGAUGAGAGCAUUGAAAGAAUGCUCAAGGGAAAGGUAGACUACGCUAAUGCAUUGGUUCUACUACUGCGACUCAGGCAAGCUUGCAACCACCCAAAGCUUGUCGAGGGCAAGCUGGAUAAGGACAAGGAUGCGUUGUCAAAUGACGUCUCUCAGAAAAACGUAACGGCAGAUAUCGACUCGCUCGCUGACAUGUUUGGUGGUAUGGGCAUUAUUACAAAGACUUGCAGUAUCUGUGGGCGCGACUUGCCUAAAGAUGUCGUCAAUAGCGAUAGAGAUACUUGCCAGGAGUGCUACGACGACCUAGCCUACUUCAAGGAGCAUGAGACGCCAAAGAGAAAGAAGCCCAAGCAUAAGAAUGGCAAGGUGAAGAAGGUUGUGGAACAGAGCCUGCUAGCUGAUGGCGAAGAAGAUAGUCCGCAAAAGCCCAGGGUGCGGCGACCCAGAAAUCGGAAUGUCAUUCUUGAUAGUGAUGAUGAGGAGGCAGACGGCAGCUGGCUUGUCCCCGAAGAUCAGCAAGGCCAAUUACGGCUGGGUAAAGCAGGCGGGGAGGAAGAUGAGAACGCUGAGGGUGGUGGCGACUGGAUUGGGUCUGAAGACUCACGACACGAGUCGGAGAACGAAUAUGAUGGUAGCCGACUUGACAGCUUCGUUGUUGAUGAUGAAGAGGUCAAAAACGAGCAUAGCGUGGAUCAGAGCAUUGUUUCUGAUGACAGCCUUCCGUCGAUUGCGGCGAUAGCAUCGCAGGCCAACAGGAAGUGCAAGUCAUCACAAUCCUCUCAAGCCAGUUCGAGGUCUGAUUCGGAAGGGGAUACCGGAAUCGAUGAGUCUGAACUUUACUCUGACGACGAUACAAACUACAACCCAAAUGGCCAGGUGUCUCAGAUUCUGGCUUCCGCCAAGAUUCGCCAAAUGAUGCAGUUACUGCAUAAGGAAACUAAAGAGCAUAAGUUUAUUGUUUUCUCGCAGUUUACCUCCAUGAUGGACCUUGUGGAGCCAUUUUUUCGCAAAGAAGGCUUCAAAUUUACUCGCUACGACGGUAGCAUGAAAAACGAUGAGCGUGAGGCUAGUUUGGACCGCCUACGCAAUGACAAAAGCACUCGCAUCUUGCUCUGCAGUCUCAAGUGUGGCAGCCUGGGUCUCAAUCUCACGGCUGCCACCCGUGUGAUUAUUCUCGAGCCGUUUUGGAAUCCUUUCGUCGAGGAGCAGGCUAUUGAUCGAGUUCAUCGCCUUACCCAGACGGUUGAUGUAGUCGUCUACAAACUUACUGUCGAGAAGACGGUCGAGGAGCGCAUCCUCCAGCUGCAGGAGAAGAAGCGGCUGCUUGCUGAAACGGCUAUCGAAGGUGGCAUGAAGAAGGACGCCUUCAAGCUCGGCUUCAAGGAGAUCAUGGAUCUAUUCCGCCGCGAUUCUCCCAGUGGUGGCGGUGCUGGCGACAACAGCUAUGUCGAUCAGUCACGAGCCUCGGCCCGAAGUAGCAGACAAGCUUCUCCAGAGGUGGGCUUGCUGCAGGGCAAAGCCCGCAAGGCUGCCCCCAAGAGGGCAGAGCACGAGAUGUAUGGCCGACGAUGGUGA